CCCAGUGAGAGAGCAGCGAUGACAGUGAUGCAAGGCAUGCUUCUGAGGAGCCUGCAGCCUAUCCAGACACUGCCGACCGGACCAGUUUGGAAUAUACUCCCCGUUUACAACUCUCCAUCUGUUCUCCACCUGCUUCAACUGCACCUGAGUUUGCUUUGAGCGCAUUUUAAAACCAGAAACACUCUCAAACGGCUUCUUUUUUUUCCCUUUUUUGUUUGACAUUUCUUUAAUGAAUUUGGCUGUAGUCUGUCCAAAAACUCGUAGAUGCCCCUUCUCCCAAAUGCUUCGCCUGCCAGUCUCGCUUUGCAUGUGGGUAUAGCCGGUGGUUCCAGCCUGCGUCCAGGUGGUUUUACGGGAAAAGGUUUCACAGGGAAUAUUUUAUUUUUCAUUUAGAUAAAGAAAUCCCUCUUUAUCUUUUGGAAGCGCGACCACUAUUUAUUUAUUUUUUCACAAUGGCUGAUGCUAACGCGGAAUGCAAUAUCAAGGUGUUGUGUCGAUUUCGUCCUCUGAACAAGUCCGAAAUUAUCCGCGGAGAUAAGUUCAUCCCAUUAUUUCAAAGAGAAGACAGUGUCACCCUCGGGGGGAAGUCGUACGUAUUUGACCAGGUGCUCCCCACUAACGCCACUCAGGAACAGGUCUACAACGCCUGCGCCAAGCAGAUUGUCAAAGAUGUACUGGGUGGAUACAAUGGGACUAUCUUUGCCUAUGGGCAGACCUCCUCUGGAAAAACACACACCAUGGAGGGGAACCUUCAUGAUCCCGAGGGAAUGGGUAUCAUUCCCCGGAUCUCAGAGGACAUCUUUGAACAUAUAUUUGCCAUGGACGAGAACCUAGAAUUCCACAUAAAGGUCUCCUACUUUGAGAUCUACAUGGAUAAAAUCCGGGACCUGCUGGAUGUUACAAAAACCAACCUCUCAGUGCAUGAAGACAAAUACAGAGUUCCUUAUGUGAAGGGCUGCACAGAGCGCUUUGUCACAAGCCCUGAGGAAGUGAUGGAUGUGAUAGAUGAAGGGAAGGCCAGCCGUCACGUUGCUGUCACCAACAUGAAUGAGCACAGUUCCCGCAGUCACAGCAUCUUCCUGAUUAACAUCAAACAAGAAAACGUGGAGACUGAGCAGAAACUGAGUGGGAAGCUGUACCUUGUCGACCUAGCUGGUAGUGAGAAGGUCAGUAAGACAGGUGCAGAGGGAGCAGUGCUGGAUGAGGCCAAGAACAUCAACAAGUCUCUGUCGGCCCUGGGGAACGUCAUAUCAGCCUUGGCCGAAGGAACGAAAUCCCACGUGCCGUACCGUGACAGCAAAAUGACUCGCAUCUUACAAGACUCGCUGGGCGGGAACUGUCGCACCACCAUGUUCAUCUGUUGCUCUCCCUCCAGUUACAAUGAAGCAGAGACCAAAUCCACCUUGAUGUUUGGCCAACGAGCCAAGACCAUUAGAAAUACUGUAUCAGUGAACCUGGAGCUCACAGCAGAGCAGUGGAAGAAGAAGUACGAAAAGGAGAAGGAGAAGAACAGGUCAAUGAAGGAGACUGUUCAAAGACUGGAGGCUGAGCUCAACCGCUGGAGGAACGGUGAGGGUGUUGUGUUAGAGCAUCUGAGCCCGGGAUCGGAGGAAGUCCCCCUGGUGCCGCCUGAAUCUGAGGUGCCAAUUCUUGACAUCUGCAGCCCCUGCAGCCCUUGUUCCCUUGCCUCCUCCAUUGUGGUUCACAUCUCUGAGGAGGAGCGACAGAAGUAUGAGGAGGAGAUCCGCAAGCUUUACAAACAAUUGGAUGAUAAGGAUGAUGAGAUCAACCACCAGAGCCAGAUGGUUGAGAAACUGAAGGAGCAGAUGCUCGACCAGGAGGAGCUUUUGGCAUCAUCCAGGGGUGACAGUGAGAAGGUGCAGUCAGAGCUCGGCAGGCUGCAGACAGAGAAUGAAUCUGCUAAAGCCGAGGUGAAGGAAGUUCUCCAGGCCCUGGAGGAGCUGGCAGUCAACUAUGACCAGAAGAGCCUAGAGGUAGAGGAGAAGAGCGUGCAGAACAAGCUGCUGGCUGAAGAGCUCGCAAAGAAAAUGGCUCACCUCAUGGCUUUAGAGGCGGAGCUGUCCCGUAUCCAGGAAGUGAGCAGCCACCAAAGGAAACGCAUCGCUGAGAUUCUCAAUGGGCUGAUGAGGGACCUGAGUGAGUUCAGCACCAUCGUUGGAAACAGAGACAUCAAGCUGCCCAUGGAGAUUACUGGUGUGAUCGAGGAGGAGUUCACAGUGGCUCGCCUCUACAUCAGCAAGAUAAAGUCAGAGGUGAAGUCGAUGGUGAAGCGCUGCCGCCACCUGGAAAACCUUCAGACGGAGUGUCACCGCAAGAUGGAGGAGACAGGCAGAGAGCUGUCCUCAUGUCACCUCCUCGUUUCACAGCAUGAGGCAAAGAUACGCUCUCUAACAGACUACAUGCAGAAUGUGGAGCUGAAGAAGAGACACCUGGAGGACAGCUAUGACUCUCUGAGCGAGGAGCUGGCCCAACUCCAAGCUCAAGAGAGCAUGUCACAGAUGACCAGGGGGGAAAAUCACACAUCUGUCCAGGAUUCCUGUGAUAUAAAGAGGGCUCUAGAGCAGCAGAUGGAGUCACACCGUGAGGCGCACAGCAAACAGCUUGGCCGCCUGCGAGACGAGAUCAAUGAGAAGCAGAAGAUCAUCGACGACUUAACUGAUUGUAACCAGAAGCAGCAUCUGGAGUUGAAGCAACUGCAUUGUGACUUUGAACGUCUCAAGUGCCAAGAGCAUCACAAGAGCCGGCAGCUGGAGGAACUGACAUUUCUUCAUGAGCGCCAUGAGCAGUCAAAGCAGGACCUCAAAGGGCUGGAAGAGACUGUUGCUCGUGAGCUCCACACCCUGCACAACCUCCGCAAGCUUUUUGUUCAAGACCUCACCACUCGAGUUAGAAAAAGUGCAGGGAUGGACCCUGACGAUAGCGGCGGAUAUAUCACCCAGAAACAGAAGAUUUCCUUUCUUGAAAACAACCUGGACCAGCUUACAAAAGUUCACAAGCAGCUGGUGCGUGACAAUGCAGAUCUUCGCUGUGAGCUUCCAAAACUGGAGAAACGUCUUCGGUCUACAGCUGAGCGAGUUAAGGCGCUGGAGGGCGCCCUGAAGGAGGCGAAGGAAGGAGCCAUGAAGGACCGCCACCGCUACCAGCAGGAAGUGGAGCGCAUCAAAGAUGUGAUGAGGACUCGCAAUCCGUUUCGCCGGCCACAUGCUGCACAGAUAGCCAAACCUGUGCGUCCUGGCCACUACCCAGCCUGCUCCCCAACCAACCCCUUCUUCAUACGAGGCUACAGCGAUCACCCCAUUGCCUUCUGCAAAGCUGGUUUCCACAACAGCAACAACCAAGAAGCAGCUGCUCCAGCUGCUCCUGCUGCUCCUGCUGCUCCUGCUGCUCCUUCUGCUCCUGUAACUCCAGAGAGUGAGCCCUGGUUACCCAAAGCCAACUCCAACCAGAACAGCCCCACCAAACACCACGACUCCCAAACCAACGAUUCACACAACAGCGACGCUCAGGACAACAUCCUUCCAGCUGAACCCCUGAGCCAAGCAGAGAAGAGCACCGCAGAGAUGCUUGAUUCGGAAAAUGAACUGACGUCUGUGACAAUCAGGACCCAGCCAAACUCUACAGCCUGCAGCCAGAGGCUUCAGCCAGCUAAUAGUCCUGAACAGGUAAGACAGCAGAGAAAAAUGGCACAACUCUUAUAUUUAUUUGCUGCAGAACACAGGUUCAUGAAUCACAGGUCAAAAAAUAGGCAUUAAAUGUACAAAUCUCACAAGUAACCAAGCAACCAAAGCCAUACUCUUCUGAAUCUAUCCAUAAUAGGUUUGACAUAGCAUCUAAAAAAUCCACCCUUGAAGCAGCUUUUCUCCAUCAGUUGCUAGUGUUUAGCUGUUGUUCUAUUUGCACUGGAUGUAUAGACUUACAUUUAUAAAUAACCAAAUGUUAUGACAACCUGACUAGUUUGGAAUUGUCCAAUUAAACACUGUGAUUUCACUUUAUGCAACUGAUUUUGAAGCUUUUUUCGGUUAUAGCUGCACAAUAUGUUUUUUUUUUUUUAAAUGUGCUUCAAAACUGCAUAUGUACACAUUAAUUGUCUUCGCCUCAACAGUAACAUUAAACGUCUGUGAUUCCAUACAGAUUUCCGUGUUACAUAAUAUACAUUUAUGUGAAUUCAUGUGUUUAAUCCUGAGAACCACAGGUUUAUUUUAUGAAAGCAAUGUGUAAGCACUGCUUACACAAAGAUCCUGAAUGUGGCAACGUUGUCUUGCACAUGAUUGUGACUCUUGCAUGGUAGUGUGUGGGUUGCAGGUAUGAGAUUUGUUUUGAUUAUUGAAAAAUGUUAAGAUUAACAGGAAAGGAAAUUAUCUCAUGUUUCAAAUUGCAGAUGUUCUCUUCUUAUUAAUACUUUUGCUUUCAGAAUAGGAACUUUUUCCAGCAAUUAAAAAAUCUACGAUAUACUAAAUUACUAUAAAAAUGUAUAUAUUGGUUUGGGAGCAGAUGUUAUCUUGUGAACCAUCACUUUGACUUUAGAGGCUAUUGGGUCUGAGCUCCUGGGUGCUGUGUGGAGUUUACAGCAGAAACCUUGCCAGCUGCCAGGGUGAAGAGACUUAUUUUUUCUGGGGUCUCCCAAACUAAAAAUACCUACACUCAGUGGCUGCACUGUGAGACACUUUGCACAAAAAUAGCCAACAAAGAGCAUCUGUCUCAGAUCAGUAGUUUUUUUUAUUUCAUAAAUCCCAGCCAAGAGCUAAAGAUUACAAAUUCUAAAAACAUUUUUUCAAUGUCUUUUCUCUGGGAAAGACCCGUAUGAGAAAGGUGGAUUAAAUUAUCACUGGCUCUGGGUUUUUACUAUAUCCCACUGCUUUUGCUGUCACGGGAUUCAUUUAUUACUCUUUUCAUGUAUUCAACUUAAUAAUAUCCAGCACCCCUUGUCACAGGCACACAGGGAGUGAAUUGACCUAUUUUGCAGAACUAGUGCUGUAAUUUAAUUUUCUACUUUAGGAAAAACUAGCAAUGUGUAAUGUGCUGGCACUCUAUAUAGCACUCAACCUGCAGACUGAGGACUGGUCUAUGUUAUAUGAUGAAAUAUAAAAGUUAUUCUAACUCUUCUAGCUAUAUAGGCUGCCAUGAAGUUUUCUGCAGAGUAAAUAUAUAAGUUUUGCACAGUGCUGGUGAAUUUUACAUCCUAUGAAGUCUAAAUUUGGCCCCAGAGUGUUCCAUGCAGUUCCCAAACACAAGUAGCUCUCAGUGAAGACACCAGAAAUGAAAUGACUUGAGAUGUGUUCCUUCUGGCAAUGUACGCUUGACUCACUGGCUGCUCUCUCUUCUUUUAUGCCAUCGUUCGCACUCCCUGUGUCUCUUGAAUGUAUCUGAAUGUCUCUCUUACUUUCUGUUUCUCUGUGUGUUUCUCUCUCUCUCUCUCUCUCUCUCUCUCACCAGGCAGACGUUUUUCUCUGAGCCCUCCUCUAUAAAUCUGCAUGCAGCUGAUCACUGUCCUCCAAGCCUCUCUUUCCUCUCCCAUCCUCACCUGUUGUAAACAGACCUCUAUCUCUCCCCUGUUUCCCUUUUCCUCCCCCUGCUUGAUCCUCUUCAAUCCCUUCUCCUUCCUGUUUAAUGAUGUGGGGUGUAUGUGGGUAUUGGUAGGAUUCAUGGCAAGCGCUGCAUUUCAAAUUUGUGAACUGGCAGCUUACACCCAUAUUGCUACACACCCUCCCCCAUGAAUACAGAGGGACCACAAAUAGAAAGGUGGGGAAGUGAAGGUGUGUCGUGCUGUAGUUAACCACUAGGGUGUGGUGUUUGUCUCAAUGAGGGGACAUAAAAACCAGUACAUUGACCAGUAAGAUAAGGUUAGUCUUUAUCAUUAUUAUUAUUAUUAUUAUUAUUAUUACGAUUAAACGUACGUAUGGAUCUGAAAACUCCAAGUAAAACACUGUUAAGCAAUAUGAAAACGGUGUGAACCUCGAGCUCAGUUUACUAAUAUUUAUACUUCUGACUGUGCAUGUUGAUUUGCAAUGUUGGUCUUCAGCUUUUCUCGGAAAAUACAUGACAGAGGAAGAGAGCUAGUGAGGCAACAUUAUCAUGAAAUGUUUCAGUCUAAACACCAGUGCAGGAGAAGUGCUGUCAGUCAAUGUAAAUGGAAAAAUCAGCCUUAAAAAUGACACGUGUUUACAGAAUAAUUAGGCAUUAUUUAGCUGGCAAUACUCAGCUGGCAUUAUUAAGUAUUUUUGUUAAUGUAAAUAAAUCUCAUGAAAAGACCAAAACCAUCAAUGCAUUCCUCUGUCUCUCAGUAUUUUCCGACUUGCCCAGCCUUGCCUGUGGCUUUCAGUCUGAAGCCAACUGAAGAUGUAUGUUUUAAAAACCGACCUUGAAUAUAUUAUUUGUUUUAAAAAAGUCUCAGUAAUUUGUGUUGGGGACUAUUUUCAGCCGUGGAUUAUACGAUUAUAUAAAAAAAAUAGCGCAUCCAUUGCAGCAGUGUGGCUUAUUGAUGUGUUUUUGAAAACAAUGGCGGUCAUUGGAACGGAGGAGUAAGCUACUAUAUAUCAGGCUUUAAUACCAUACCUGCAGUACUUCACAAUAAGAAAAAGACUUCUCCUUUUAAGUGAGUUUUGAAACAUUGGGCAGUUUCAAUCCAAACUGAAAGCAAUGUUAAAGCUAAUUGCAAUAUGAAUUUUUAGAAACAGUGUCAGUAGUCAUAGCAACAAUAUAGUCUAUAAUGUGUUAUGUCAUGUAGGCUGCUGUUGCCAUGUAGGUAGACCAACGCACACUAAACUGAAAGACACAUAUUGCAGCAGUUGAAACAUGGCCAAGCCUUAAUUUAGACACAAGAUGAUUUCUCAUAUUUGACCUGUUUUUUACUCAAAUUAAACAAAGGUAAAUUAAGCUUAUAUACGCACAGUACGGUAUAUAACUUGUCAAGACUUUUCAAGACACAACAGUUUUGUAUUUUGGUACCCUUGGAGGAUAUAUAUUUUUUUCUUGUUAGAUUAAGAGGGAUAAUAAACCAAAUAACCCCCAUAUCCACAUACCAGACAGUAGCCGCCUCUAGCAAGUUCACGCUUUUUGUAAAAACCUCACCUUAAAUCUUAAAGCUUCAGAUUGUUCUGGCAGUAGCGCUAUCUUACCAAGAGCAGGAAGAACCAGAGUGGCAAAUGAAGAAGCUGGUUAGUGAAUUGUUUAAAAUAAAACAGUCAAGUAUUCAGUGGUUAAGUCACCCCAUGUCUGACCUUUGCUACACUGCACUGGUUUUAACUGGUCUGAAAAUAAAUUUCAUAUGAACCAUAAAGGGAAGUCUAAAACACAUGGUUCCUGAUUGUUUAAAAAAAAAAAAAAAAACCUGACUGUGUUGUUGUAGAGAGACUUUUAAACUGUAAAUUAUCCCUACAAAAGCUGCCUGUCAGGGACCGUCUGUGAGAUAUUCAGUCAUUGUCAUGUCAACCAAAAGCAUGGCAGAGUGAAAAAAAAGAUCUGUGUAGCAACUAUUUUUAUACCACUAGUUCUACUUUAAAAUUAAUAUAUAUUGUUAUCAUUUACUCCAUUUUAAAUGUUAUUUGUUUGCUAUUUAUUCUUCAUUUAUAGCAGUUGUUGAAUGUGAAGCAUUUGCAUUUGUUUUGAUGUGUAAAUGUAUCAUGUUGACAGUGUUUCUUACACUGCAGAAUACUUUUGGAUUGUUUUGUCAUUGAAUUAAAAUGUGUGCAUGUGUGCAGCUGCUGUUCCAAUAUACAUUUGUUCAGGAGAUACCUAAUCUUAUGGCUCUUUACGAACAACCUAGGAUUGAAACCAAAGCCCUGAUUGUAGUGAGUCACCUAAAGAGGAUCUUGCUCCACAAUAGUCUAUAUAGUUGAGAUGGAGACAUGAACCAAGGGUUACUGUAGGUUAUCAAGAGCUGAUACAGCCCUGUCUUAUCCCUCUGACACACACUUUAGAUAUAGUGCCUCAUCAGCCAAUGAGGUAUUUGACCUUUGACCAAAGUACAGAAUAUCCGGUAUUACUUAGGUGCAGUCUGAGCAGAUUGACUGACUACGCACACUGACAGUCAGUCAAUCCAGGCUGCCCAUUAAGCCCUCUCUGUUGACCUCCUGAUCAACCAGUCAGGAUGAGAGAGUCAAGGGUGAUACUGGACGGACUGUAUGUGUGUGUGUGCAUGUGCAUAUCUCUGUGUGUAUUUUGGGGAGAGAACAGGAGCUGUAUCUUCUUAGCAGAGUCUCUUACUCUUCGACUUUCUGUGAUCUUUUUAACAAAACAGAUCAGUAUCUGUUAGCUUUAGAUUACAGCCUGUAAGUUACAGUGUAAGCGUUGUGUACAGACGGGGUGCCAAUGAAAUACUUACUAGGUACGAGUGAAGCAGUGUAAUGCAUACCAUAUUAAUAAUAAUAAGCACUCUGUAUUUAAACUUUAACAAUUUAAUCUACCAAACUAAAUAGAUAAUUAAUAUAUCAUCAUUUUCUAAAUAAAUUAUGCCAUUAUGAUACAACUGUUGCCCAAUUUUCCCUCUUAUACACAAAGUUGUUAACCCUCUUCUACCCUAACAUCUUGUCUUCCCCUGUACUUCCUUCCACACAUUUGUCCCAUAUAAUUAUUCAGUAAGUAUUUAUUGAUGCACUGUGUAUACUUAAUGUAUUACAUUGUAAAUUGAGCUGCAAUCUAAAGCGCUACCAACAGACCCACUCAUUAUAUUGAGACUUAUCAGAAAUACAUGAGGCACCUUAUCACAUUAUUUUCUUUAUGCUUUUCCCUUUUUGCUGACUUCAACUUUCUCCAGAAGGUCAAAAAUGGUCGUUGAAUUUGAGAAACGUUUACAUUAUCAUUGAUUUUGAGUGUUUUUACACAACCUAUAGAAACCAUGAAUUGAAUGUGAAUGGCCCUUUUGUCAAUCUGCUGUUAAUCAUUGAAAGCCACAAAGAAAACAAUGACAUGAACUAUGGUUGUACACUGAGCUGUAAAUGUAGGGAUGAUUGAGUGUAGAAUUUAUUUUCAGUCUUAUUGUUCUGUUUGUCUUACAGUAAUUGUAACCAAUCUGAAAAAAUACUCUGGCAAGGUAAAUAAUAUGUGACACUGUAGCCUAAAUAUGCAGAAAUAAAACUAUGACAAGGAUGGUAGGGUGGUUUAAAAAAAGGCAAAAUGUCUGUGUCUGUUUGUACAUUUAUGCGUUGGUUGGUUUGUUUAUAGCGUGUGAUUUAGUGCAUGCAGUACUUUCUUCUGUAGCUGCUGAGAAACAGUACUGUUAUCUCAUGAAACUCCUUCCAAUAAAGAUGAUCCUGUGUAAAUAUCA